AUGCGAUCGUCUACGACCGAAGGUCUAAAAUCAAAGACAAAGAAGUCUUUAGAGAAUGAAGAAUCUUCUGCAACUGGCGUAGUCGAGGCGACUGCGCUCGAAGAUGACCCAACACGGUCUAUAAAGCGCAAGCGGGAGUCACAAUCAGGCCAACGGAGCAAGAACAAGAAAACCCGUCGAGAAUCCGAGGUCGACCUGCUCACUAAGGUCGAUGCAGACGUGUCUGGCCUUGAUGAAGGUCAGAAACAAGCCCAAGAUGCCGAUUUGAAGAAUGGGACGCCGUCUUCCCGCACUGCUCGAGAAUCGAAGGCCACCAAAUCGCGAAAGACCUCCGCGUCUGAGGAUUCUCCAGACCCGAUGUCCGAUGUAAGAAACGGUACAGAGCAACCGAAAAAAGGACGAGGAUUCCGGAUCGGGGGCAAGAGUCAGCAGAAGAUUGGAUUCUUUGUCGAGGAGGAAGUAAAGGCGCUGGAACAAUUCAAGAUUAAAUUCUGCAACGCCCACGGUGUUCAGGGCCGGGUCUUUGACGCAAUGGUCCAGCACUCCGAGCGCGGUGGGGACGAAUGGCCUCUGCCGACAGACGUGCAAUCGAAGAAUGAAUUCUGGAAUGAAAUCUAUGCAUUGAUUCCCGACCGAGAUCGUCGGUCCGUCUAUCGAUUCAUGCGUCGUCAUUUCCAAGACACUACGCAAAAGGCCCACGUAUGGACUCCGGAGCAAGACGACGAGCUUGUUCGACUACAUGCUCAACAUGGACCCAAAUACGCCCUCAUUGCCAAACUACUCGGCCGCAGUGAUGAUGAUGUGACGCAGCGUUGGAAGAAUCGCUUGCAACAUCGCGCAACCAAGAGGACUGGCGCCUGGAGCGAGGCUGAAUUGGUCACCUUUGUCAGAUCGUUGGAGGAGUACCGGAAAAUUCUGAUCGAAUCAUCCGCAGAUCCUGAAAAGGCAGGCAAGGAUAUCUGGGAAAUGGAUCUGAAGUCUAUCUCCUGGGGUUCGAUCAGUAAUGGCAUGGAGAAUUCGCGGACCCGCCAACAAUGCGCUGAUAAGUGGCGGAAAAUUUCGAAAAAUAUCAGGAAUCUGCGUGAGACCGUAGAUCCCGACGCCGACUUUGACCCGAUCGAGGCAGCAAGGAGGUGGCAGCGAUACAAUGGCAGCUCAUCGCGCGAGCGAAGCAGGCCUCUCGCUGUAGAUGACUUGGUGGACAGUGAUGAUGAUGACGACGAGGAAGAGGGCUCUCGGAUUCCUAGUUCCACCCCGGCUAUUCUUCCCAAACUUGAAUUCGAAGACGAGCAGCAAAGUGUCGACCUGGGCCAGGUAGCACAGGAGAACGAUGCACAUGAGCCAUCAAUAGAUCAGGACGAUGCCGAGGCAAAUGGCGUCUCCGAUGCUGAAGACUCGCCGAAGCCAGUCGACACUUUCACGGAAGAGUUUGCAGCAGUGGAACCUGCAUCCCCUUCUCUGCUGGUCGAGCAGGGCCUCACGACUGAAAAACAAAAGUUACGAGAAGAAAAAAGGGAAAAGAAACGCAGGAAGAAGGAAGAAAAAGAGCGAAAGAAGCAAGAGGAAGAAGCGCCUGCGAAUGCAAGGGACGAGACCCAUCUGCUUCAGGAAAGCGAGGACAAUAGGAGUGAUGCCAAUUCAUCCACUCCAAAGACCGCGAAGCGCAAGGAUAAGAAGCGUCGAAAGUCGGAAUUGAAUGAUGCCGAACUGGUCGAGUCAUCAAGGAAGAAGAGUAAGAAGGAGAAGAAGAGCAAGAAGGCGGCGCAGGAAGACGAUAUCAACGAUGGAGCUCUGUGA